CCCUCCGCGGCUCCUCCUCACUCGCUCUGCCGUCGGACGCGACCGGGACUCGAACCACCUUCAACUGUCAGAGGAACUCGGGUGUUUGCCGCUGCGACCAUGGCCCAGAACCAGAUCAACACGUGUCUGAAGCGGAUCUUCACCGUCUUCAACUGCUUCUUCGCGAUCAUCGGCGCCAUCAUCAUCCUGCUCACGCUCCUGUCGCAGGUCGUCACCGAUGUGAACGUAGAAGAGCUGGAGGGUCGGACCAGCGGCCUCAUCACCCUCUACGUCGUGGGCAUCGUCACCCUGACGAUCGCCGUCCUGGGAGCCUACGGCGCCAACAGGGAGAACAAAGUCUGCCUGAUCAUUUUCCUGGUGUGCAUGGUGAUCGGGAGUCUGAUGAUGCUGCGAGUGGGAAUCGUCAUUGCCACCGCCCGCCCUCAGGUGGAGGGUGUGUUGGAGAACAAGUUGCGUUCUCUGCUGCCGCUCGACAAAGCGUCGGAGGACGUGAGGCAGAAGGCGGACGACGUCCAGACUAAUCUGCAGUGCUGCGGUCUGUUCAGCUACAACGACUGGGAGGAGAACAUCCCCGACUCGUGUCUGUGCAACCGGAUGCAGGAGGACGAGGGCUUGUGUCAGACCGUCAGCUACAGAAGUUUGUUUCAGUCCACGCAGCAACGGAAAACCAUCUUCAGUAAGCCAUGCUUCCCCACCAUCAUGCACUUCCUGCUGAUGAUCAUCAACGUGGUGAUGGGCGUCUUCCUCACGCUGGGCAUGCUGGCGGUGCUGGGGAUGAUCCUGUCGUCCAUCAUGAUCCACCAGAUGCGUCACCGCAGCAGAGCCACGAUGCUGAUGACCGUCCCCGCCAUCUUCACCGCGCAGCCGCCCAAGUACGAGGAGCUGCAGAACGCGCCGGGCUACUAGAGGAACGUCGUCGUACAGAGUCUGAAGGUUCAGACUGUUGUUGCUCCGCCGGAAUCAACGGGAACUUGAGAGUGAAGAGCAUCAGCCUCAAAGACUGGGUGACGAAAAAAAAGAGAGAAGAUAUCUGCUGCGAAUUUAUUUUUCCAUUUUCCGGUUUUAUGUUUGUAAAAGUUUUUUCCCUGUUUAAAUCACGAGAUUUAAAAAAAGGCAGAUUUCGUAUUGGGCUGCGAAAUAUCUGGUUUUCAUGUGUCAGAAUUCAUAUGUUAAGCGUUUUCAGACUGAACUGUCAAAUUUACUAACAUAAUCCUGAUUGUUGAUACAGAUAAUAAAUUUAAAGUGAGAAUCUCGUGUCAUGAAAACAAAACAAAAAUCUGGUGAUCAUGGAGAAAAAUGAGAAAAUCCUUCAGGAACAUUCUGGGUCCUUUGUGUCGCCUCAUACGAAAUGUCCUUCUGUUAAACACUGAAAAGAAAUGCAUUUUUUAACCACUAUUUGUUCCGAAACCUUUUUCAGUUCAGCAAAUGCAAAAAAAAGCUGACAGCUGAUAGAAGUGCCAGAAAAAACUGUUUGUUGUACAGAAGCAGUGACAAAAGUCUGUUUUUUAGUUUUUAACAAAAAUGCUUCAAGCCUCUUAAUGAGUAUAUUUUUUUGAGUUUGAUUUUUUGACCAUAACCAUUUACCAUGUUUUGAAUGUGACUGUGGGUCAUUUGUGUUCUUUAUCAUCAUUCACUUCUCCCUGUUGUUAAGUCUUAACGUGUGUUCACGUGUGAAUUAUUUUAUUAUACGAUUAAACAUAAAUAAGGCUGUAAAGAAUUUAAAGGCAACGUCACUUUAUAGGUUUGAUUUUUAUUGAUUUGUUUCUAAACCUAUCGUGUUUCAUUCUUCUACUAAGAAAUAAAAAAACAAACAGGAAACUGA